AUGCUUUUUCUCGGCAUUCUCGACGACACCAAGAUCCCGCACGUUCCGGGCACCGUCAUCCUCGAAGAGGACGCCGCGCACUCGCAGGACGUGACCGGCGGGCUCAAACAUGGCACGGGCCGCAAUGCUCACAUCGUGCUGGUGCCUCAGCCUUCCAACGAUCCGAACGACCCGCUCAACUGGCCUUACACUAAGAAACUUACAGCCUUGGGCAUUACCUGCUGGGGCUCGAUCCUGUACGCCGCCGUCGUCAGCGCCAUGCUGAACUCGGCCUUUUACGAAAUGUCCAUCGAGAUCAACACGACGAUCCCCAAGCUCGUGCUGAGCUCGGGAUAUCAAACGCUGGUCAUUGGCGUAACAGGGCCUUUAUUCUCGGCUCUUUCCAGGAAAUGGGGCACGAGACCGAUUUUCCUGUUCGCUUCGGUCUUCUGUCUCAUUGCCGACAUUGUGGGUUCCUGCGUGAACACUUACGAGGGAGUGCUCGCCUCCCGGAUCCUGCAGGGUUUCGCCAUUGCGCCGUACGAAUCGCUCAUCUUUACUCUGAUCAGCGAUCUAUUUUUCGUCCAUGAGCGUGGAAUCUACGCAUCCUGCAUCAAUUUCAUCUUGGCUGGAAUCUCGAAUCUGACGGGUGUGGUCGCUGGCCCGAUCGCGUCGAAUGUCGGAUGGCGGUGGCUGUAUUAUCUGUUGGUCCUCUUUGGGGGUAUCCAGUCCAUCCUGCAGUUCUUCUUCGUCCCCGAGACAAGCUAUGUGCGCGACCGGCGGUAUGAAAUCGACGAGGUCAAGAACGACAACCUCCAGGACCUCGCCGCGCUCGAGUACCAGGAGAAACUGAACAUGGAGAAACCCGGCAUCGCCACCCACACGGAGGAGACAGCAAGCGCGCCCUCGACGCCGGUGUACCGCAAGAAGACCUUUGCGCAGGAACUGGCCAUCUUCAGCGGCACCUACUCGAACGAGAACUUCGUCCAACUCCUCAUUGCGCCCUUUGCCGUCGUGCUCAACCUGGCGGUCCUAUGGAUCCUCAUCGUCAACUCGAUGUACGUUGUCCUGUACGUGGUCAUCGCAUUUUGUCUGGCCCAGCUCUUCGCGCCGCCGCCGUAUCUCCUCAGCCCAGCCAGCAUCGGCUAUCUCUCACUCGGCCCGUUCGUGGGGGGCAUUUUGGGGUCUAUCAUCAUGGGCACGCUUUCCGACCCGUUCAUUAAAUGGUGCGCGCGCCGCAACAGGGGCGUUUACGAGCCCGAGUACCGCCUCAUCCCGUGCAUCCUGGGCGUAUGUUCAGGUGUGGGUCUCAUGCUCUUCGGCCACCUGGUUUCGCAGGGCGCGUCCCCCUACGCGUGCGCGACGGUGCACGGCCUGAUGCUGUUCGGGGUCAUGUUCCUGUGUAUCGGGACGUCCAACUACGCGCUAGACGCGUACCGGGGGAUGGCCAAUGAGAUCUUCAUCGCCAGCAUGUCGGUCAAGAAUCUGAUCCUGUACGGCUUCAGCUACUUCGUCAACAACUGGACCGCGAGCGUCGGCGCCCAGCACGCCUUCUACGUCUGGGGCGGCGUCGCCUUCGCCCUCAUCGCCACUGUGCCCGCCAUGUUCUUCCUGGGGAAGAAGUACCGCAGCUACUGGGCGCGGAAUAACCUGCUCGAGAAGAUGCACAUCCGGACCCAUGAAGAGUGA